AAGUACAAAAGUGAGGCCAAGAUGUAUAAAUUACUGGGAGAAAAAAGAAGAAGAAAACAUUUUUUUAAAAUGUGUUUUUAGUUAAACCAAUCUCAAACCUGCUUUUGCAUUUUUUUCCUAGAAGGCAGAUUGCACUUUACACCGUCCACGUUGUCAUGGGACCAUGUGAAAAAGGAGUUUAAAUGCAGGGGGGCAAGACAGAAGAAAUUGAGGCAACAGUGGAACACUGUCUGGGAGAGAGCACCAUGUGAAGCCAGUGACCUGAACGCAAGAAAGUUUACCUUGUCAUUGAGCAGCCAUUUCAUUUAAAAAAGUAAAGGUCAAGACUACAUUAAACUGAAACUUUGGGAAUCUGUCACGAUGAACUUGAUAAACAGUAGCAUUGACAGAGUCCUCAUCGACAACGAUGGAGGCCUCUCGGGCAAUAGCAGCAUGAGCAACACAACCACUUUCAGAGCCAUGAACAUGACCAUAAACUUUCUGAGCCUUGCCAUUGUCUUCAUCACAAUGAUUUCGCUUGGUUGCACCAUGGAGAUCUCCAAAAUCAAGGCCCACAUCCUUAAACCCAAAGGUGUGGCUAUUGCGUUGCUGGCCCAGUUCUUCAUCAUGCCCCUCUCUGCCUUCUGUCUGGCUAAAGUCUUGCAGAUGGAUCCCAUUAAGGCAGUGACUGUGCUGAUUUGUGGCUGCUGUCCAGGAGGGACCCUAUCAAACAUUUUUUCCCUCAUUGUGAAAGGUGACAUGAAUCUCAGCAUCGUCAUGACAACUUGCUCCACCUUUGCCGCUUUGGGUCUGAUGCCUUUGCUGCUCUGCAUCCUCUGCCAAGGCUUUCCCGGGCUGCAAAAAGCUGUGCCGUAUGUUGGCAUUGUCACCACCAUCCUCUGCACCCUGCUAGCCAGCACCAUUGGCAUUCUCAUCAAUCACUACAAACCAAAAUACUCACUGAUCGUGAAAAAAACUGGUCUGUGGAUUCUUCUGAUAUCCUCCAUCACUCUCUUCAUCUUGUCAGCCUACGUUGUAAAGGACGUCCUAUGGAUGAUUGUCAUGGCAGAUCUCCUCACUGCAGCUGCACUGAUGCCGUUGAUUGGCUUCACACUGGGAUAUGUCCUGUCUGUCAUUUGUAAGCUCAGCCCACAAUGCAGCAGAACCGUCUCCAUGGAAACGGGCUUUCAAAACAUCCAGCUGUGCACCGCCAUCCUGAAGGUGGCCUUUCCUGCUCAGGUCAUCGGCCCCAUGUUCCUCUUCCCUCUGAUUUACGUGGCGUUCCAAUGCAGCGAGGCUUUUCUCAUGGCCCUUUGUUUCACGUCGUACCGGACAUUAAAGCCACCAGCUGGGGAUAAAGACACAAACAAGUACGCUGAUGCCAAGCAAGAGGAGGAGAAAAAACAGCUAAAGCAGAAUCAGCAGUGGUCAGCUGAAGAAGACUACAGCAGAGAUGAAGAAUAAAUGCUUCAUUCUGUACUCAAGACUCGCUAGGUAUUUUAGAUUUUCUCUUUAACUCCGCCUGUAGAGACAAAACAACAUGGGAUUCAUGUAUUUAUAUAAUAGCUAAAGCAAUCAUUCCAUUUUAAUUAAAAAUAAUCUUUGUUAAUUCAUUUUUUAAAUUAGUUUCUCAGAUUUAACAUGAGUAAAAUUACAAUUUAAAAUUAAUGUGAGGAAAAAAAAGAAUGGACAAAGCUUUGGCAUGUCAAAUUAUAUUUAAUCAAACUGGUCGGAAUAUAUACAGAAUAAACAAAACUUAAACCUUUUUUUUAAAUAUUAAAAUACCAUCUUCACGAACAAAUCCAAAAAAUAAUUAAUUAAUCCAAAGAGUAAACUCAACAGGCAGUCAAAAAAAGAAAAAAAAA